UCCAUGUUAGAGAUGAAGUAGAUUGCUUUCCAUCCCUGAGGAGAUACAACUUCAGUUUCUCUCGCUGCACCGGGAAAUAAAGUAGGAACAAUCACGAUGAAGCUGCUGGUGUUCGUAAUGUGCCUGUUCACCACCACCAUGGCUGCUCCUGUUGCGGAGAGCGAAAGCUAUGAGGAAAAACAGGUUGCAGCACAUGCUAAUGAGGCCCUGAGGUGGAUGGAGAUGUACAGGCUUUACCAGCAGCAGGGAGCUCUUGGAAACCCCUUCCUGCCUGCUGCUGCUGCUCCUGCUGAUCCAGCUGCGGCAGAAGUGGUGAAUGCAGCACCAGCCGCGCCAGCCGAUGUUCCCCCUGCAGCUCCUGUGGCUGUUGGAGACGCAUCAGAGGAGGAGACGGAGGAUGGCGCCCCUGCCCCCAGAGCUGCAGCACCCGGUGCCCCUGCUGCCCCCUUAAACUCUGAUGAGGCAGAGGAGGCCGAGGAGGCCGAGGCAGCUGAGGCUGAACCAGCUGUGGUCGAAGAAGCACCAGCAGAUCCCGCAGCAGAGCCCGCGGCAGACCCCGCAGCAGAUGUGGAACCAGCUGUGGUUGACGUGCCAGCAGACGCUGUACCGGGUGAUGCAGCUGUUGUGGAUGUGCCUCCUGUUGAUGUGGUUCCUGUUGACACUGCCCCUGCAGCCCCUGAGGUGGCUUUUGAUGUGGCUGCUGCUGAUGCUGCAGACGCCGGCAAUGCCCCGCAGUCAGCUGAGAUUGACACAACUGGAGUGGUAGCAGAUGCUGCCGCAGUGUAGUUAUCUUCCUCUUAUUACCAGUUUAGGUGCUCCUCUGUUACCAGUUACCGGGAUGGGUUUCGCUAAAGGAUGAAAAAGCUGUGGCAUAUUGAGUAGAGAUUGAGGAAAACAAACGAGGUGUCUUUGUAGUCAGAAUUGGACAAUUAAAAGAUGUUGUUGUGUUCUUCUUUCCGUCUUUAAUUAAAAUACUUUUUGCAGUUAUGUACUUCCAGUUAAGUUGGGAUUGAUUAGUCAUGGCCAUGCACACAGGCACCAUAACUUAUUAUGCACACACUAUAAAAAUAUAUCUCCUCCAAGACUUCAAAUCUCUGUGUGCCUUUUUCAUAGCAAACAUUUGGACUCAAUCCUACCUAAGUGUUCCAGUAAGCUAUGACAGUGCCAGCAUGGACAAAAUCAGGACCCUGUAACUGAAGAAGCUAAAUAAAAUUCAGUCACCAUGAUGUU